CCAACUGAGACGGCCAGCAGAAGGACAGGUGUUAUAACGGAGACCCAGCGCAGGAAGAAAGUGAAGUGAACUUGUCCCUGGUCGUGUUUGCGGAGUGAGGGAGAGCAGCCGCCGGUGCGCCCUGCCAUGUCAGCCGCCGCUGCCUGCUGGCGGGAUGGGAACAGGAGCGGGGGCUUUACUUGCGGACGUUGCCUCCCCUGCUUUCUUCAGCGGACAGUUGAUUAAUACCUGAAGACAGUUAAAAGUGAACAGUUUUGUGGGACUGCGGAGGCUCUUUGGUGGUCAGCUUUCUCCAAAGCUGCUGGAGCAGCCGGUGGAUGUUGCGUCAUGGAGACGCAGAGAAGACUUGGAGCCAUACUGAUGUUGAUGUGGAUUUUCCCAGUUUUGGACCGAGCUUCAAACUGGAGACGCAGAUGGACACCGGUUGCUGGGAUCAGCUGAUCCAGCUUCAGCAGUCCGGUUCAGGUGACUGGGCACCCUGUGACACCCAGAAGGUGGAGAUGCCCAGCAAGGAUAUGGAAGUGGUGAAGGGUCAGAUGGUGGUGUUGCAGGCCUGGUACAGCCCCAACUCAGACAUUUCCCAAAACACAGUCAUUUGGCAUUUCACGGGGAAUGAGUCAAAGCAGGUGAUAAACUUUAGCUCAGGUAAAGUCGGGCACGGACACAACGAAUUCACCAAAAGAGUGGGCUUCAGUGCGACCAUGCCCUCGGCCAACCUCUCCAUCUACGUCAAUAACACCCAGGAAACGGACUCGGGUCUCUACUUCUGCCACGUCAUCGUCCCCGGUGGCCGUGGCAUUUCUGGAGAAAUGCGGCUUAAUGUCAAAGUCCCUCCCUCUCCACCUGUGUGCGGCAUGACAGGAAACCCGGUGGUGAGAGGCAACGUGACUCUGAGCUGCAAGUCCAGUCAUGGAAAACCUGCCCCUCAUUACAAAUGGACCAAGGCAGCACCCACAUCUGAGGUCUUCUUCUCCCCAAUGCAAAAAUGGAGAGCCUGCUCCCAACCCAUACUUGUCCUUGGGUUCAUGGAUGAGAGACAUGGCACGCUCAGGCUGAGCAACCUCACCAAAGGCAUGUCAGGGAAGUACAUUUGCAGAGCCAGCAACACGGCCGGCUCAGACAGCUGCUCCAUUAACCUGGAGGUUAUCACCUCUUCCAAUGCUGGCGUGAUUGCGGCAGCUACUCUGGGAUCCGUGGUGGGACUGGUGGCGAUGGUGCUCUUCUUCAUCUUCUUGUUGAAGAGGAGACAGGACUCUGAGGAGGAGAUGGCCAAUGAGAUCAAGGAGGAUGCUCAGGCACCAAAACGUGUGUCAUGGGCAAAGAGCAACACUGGUUCCGACAUCAUGUCCAAAAAUGGCACAAUGUCCUCCAUAGCCACCAGCCCUCGAUCGCGAGACCUGCAUCAACCCAACUUCCAGUAUCCUUACUCCCCUAUAUCGACGUCAGACACGGGAUCGGUGAUCAACGCCUACCAGCUGCGGCCCGGGGAGCACAACAGCCUACAGGGGCUUCCCGGAUACAACAUUGGAGGCACCCCUACACGUAAACACAAGCGGCCUCCGAUUGCAAACGGGGCCCCUCCGCAGGUCGUCAGAAGCUCUGCGGUCAGCGUCCCCAAAAGGACUGAAGGGGCUGCUCAGCCUCAGGUGCCGCCUCCGCUCACUGUGUCCCCACAAAUCAGCUCCUCCACUCUGACGCGGCUGGGGGCCGUUGCUGUCAUGGUGCCUGCUCAGAGCCAAGCCGGCUCCCUGGUGUAGCAACAUGCCUUGAGGGGGGAGGGAAUUGUCUCCAUGAAGACCUGAGAGUUAUCCAAGAAGAAAACAUCUCACAGCUGGUUUGUGCAUCAUUUUCACAAUCUGUCCCUUUGUUUUGUUGAUGAAACUGACUCAGAGCAGUUUCAAGGUGUCUUUGCAGUCUUCAUCUCUUUUUUUUUUUUUUUUUUUGCACAAUGCAUUAAUUCCAAGUUAAAUAUAUUUUUAUUUAUAUGAGCAAAAAUUCCAAAAUACACUCACCAGCAACUUUAUUAAGUACACCUGUCCUACUCAGGUCACACAGCAGCACCUCAGAGCGUUAAAGCCUUUACAUCAGGAUUCAUUUAUACAGAGUUAAAUAAGUAACAAAAACUUGCAAGAUGUAAACUAAACAUAUUUUAGGUUUAUGCCAAUCGUUAAAUUGUAUUUACAUGUUUGGCUCUUUAUUUUUAUUUUCUAAAACAAGGAGGGAUAAUCUGUUUAAUCUGUAUUUGUUUACCCCACAUUUACUUUAAUCCAAAUGCUAGCUUCUGAUUGGUUAGCCUCAUCACAUGGGAUCAGAACCAGGAAGUGUAGUGUGCACGUAAAGCUCCAGUAAAGUGCUGCUUAACCAGGUUAUCCAUCUCCAUCCUGCUUUUUUUUUUUUUCGUUCACUGAGAGUGAUUCCACCACCACAUGUUGAAUCCACAUGUUACACAAGCAUCAGACGGGAUGUUUAAAGUAUCUGCGAAACUGAUCCGCUAGGAUUUUCACACACAAACAUCUACAGGGUUUUACGGAGAAUGGCCCAAAAAGAGAGUAUUCUGAGAACGACAAAUAUCUAGGUGAAAAUGUUAACGCCAGCAGUCGGAGCCAAAUGGCUAGACUGUUGUGAAAUAAUGGAAAGACAGCAGUUUGUAAAAUAGCCAAUCGAGGAAUGCAGAAGUCCAUAUUUGAGUGCACAACAACACAUCAGCAGCAGCCAGAUACCAUAGAGUGACAUGUUUAUCAGCUAAGAUCAGGAAAGGAAGGCUACAAUUUGCACAGGCUGACUAAAAAUGUACAUAAUAAAGAUUAGAAAGAGGUUGCCUGGACAAGCAUAUCUUUGUUUUCGGCUGCAACAUGCGAAUGGCUAAGGUCAGAAUUUUGCAUUAGACAGCAUGAAAGCACAUUGCAUCGCCAUUUCAGACUGGUGGUGGUUUUAUAAUGGUGUAGGGGUUAUUCUCUUGGGUCCCUUAGUUCCUUAGAGCAUCAUUUGCCUGGAUAUAUUGGCUGACCAGGUCCAUAUUUUUGUGAACACAGUUGAUGGCUACUUUGACUGAUUUCUUGAACAUGACUGUGAGGUCACGUACUUUAAUGGCCUUCACAGUCCCCACAUAUGAAUACAGCAGAGCACGUUUGGUUUUAACGCAGGGGUUUUUGCAUAAGUAAAUGUAGAACUAUAUGAUGUUGUCAUGCCAAUAUCUCAUAAUAAUAUUUCCAGAUACCUGGUUGAUAUGACAUGAAGAAGUAAAGCAGUUCUGAGGGAAAAUGGUGUCCCGCCUGGUACUAGCAAGGUGCUCCUAAUAAAGUGGCCAGUGAGUGUAGAAUCCAGUCGUUUUAAGUUCUCAGGCAGCCUUUUGUCUUGCAAACCAUGACUUGUCCAGUUUACUCAAAACGUUGCUGCCAUUAAAAAGAUGCAAGUGUGAGGAUUGUAGGGUGAAUAAAUAAUAAAUAAAAUGAUUUUAAUGUCAUUUUCAUUUCACGUUAUUUCACUCCUCAGCUGCUGUUCUCAGGCCAGCUGGAUCGCGUCUGAGCAAAAUCCCACGAUCCAGGUAGUUGUUCAGAUGUUUCACUUUCUUUGACCCACGUUUACAUUUAGUUCACUUAAGGGUUGUUUAUUUGACUGUUGUAACAGUGUCAGUUUGAGUUCAUGAUGUGUACUGAGAGUACAUGUUUAAUACGUAAAUUUGCCUGUUAUGGUAGCUGGAAUGUAACCAAAAUAGUCAGUAUGAUGAUGUUGAAGUUAAUGGAUUAUGUUUUUAAGAUGCUUUGUUUAAACUGCAAACAUGGAGGUCAUUUAAAACUGGACAACAGAACAAUUCAGCAGAUUCGCCCCAAUAUUUGAACAAUACGUUUGCUUUCAAUCAUUUUCUUGUAAUUAUACUGAACUCUGGAAAUGAUGUGGCAGUGGUUAAUUAAUGCUGAGAGGCUACAUGUGUCACUUUUAAUGCAGUCUUGAUUGUUGAGUUUUCUUUUUUUAAUAAAGUGUUCUGAAGUGUUUGUAUUAUUAUCUACUC